CCAGGCCCCUAUCUCCUCCCAUUUCCCCAUCUCCGCAUCCUCCUCGCCUCCGUCCCCCGAUGGCUCGCCUGCUCGCGCAAAGCCUAGCCCGCCCCUCUCCGGCCACCGCCGCCUCCCUCCUUCCCCUCCGCGGGCUCUCCACGAAGGUGGAGCUCAUCGAGAUCGACCUCGCCGAGGAGGACCCGUCGUCGGUGGAGGUCGUGGGGAUCCGGCGCAUGGAGGAGGCCAUCCACGGCGUGAUGGUGCGGCGGGCCACGCCCGAGUGGCUCCCUUUCGUGCCGGGCGGGUCCUUCUGGGUGCCCCCCGUGCGGCGCCCCCGCGGGGUCGCCGAGCUCGUCGGCCGGAUCGCGGCGUCCGGGGUCGGCGAGGUGGCCUACGAGGCGGAGCCCUACGUCCCCAUGACGGAGGAGGAGGUGCUCUCCCUCUCCACGGCCCGCGGGUGGCCGUCGGCGGCCUACUUCGUCGAAGGUGAGCGGGACGAGUGACCCGAGAUCGGAUCUCGUGGGUUGCGUGGAUCAUUCGAUCGAACACAUCAAAACAUGCUCCAUCCGUUUCCAGAUUUCCUUGUGUAGUUAGCCGUCAGAUUUAUGAUGUAUCUGCCCAACUUGUAAUCACAUUCAGGCUCACAGCAUCGGUGAAGCUCACCGGAAAGCGGUUGAGCCAUUGCGCAUCUCUCGUGGUGUUGUUGUGGUUGACUGUGUCUAGUUGAUUGUGUCUAUAUGUUGUGAGAUGAUUAUUCACCUUCGAGCCGUCUCUGGUUGUUGCCCUCCACCAAAUAUGGAACGAUACUAUUGAUGAUAAUAACUGUAAUGAAAAAUGGUUGUUUCCUGGAUGA